CUCCAUAGACCAUACUCAUUGACUGGGGCUUUUUCUUCUCCAUUAGCGCUGCUUCUCCUAAUCUGUUCUUCACCGUCGACUCCAUCUUCUUCGUCAAUCUGCUUCCACAAUCGAUUUCCUGAUUUCGAACUGCAACAAUCGAUUUUUUCGGGGGAAAAAAAUCAAGAUUAGAACAGAAAGGAGGAGCAUGUCUGUUCAUCGUCUUGUUUUGUAUCCCAUCACGCCUCCCUAAACUUCCCGCGCUGAUCAAUAGCAAAUCCGCAUCCAGAAUUUGACAUCAAACUCACUAAACGAUUGCAAGAAAGGUUCACUAGCUGUUUGAUAAAAUGAUAAAAUGCCUGAGAGAAGUGUCUCGAUUUUGGGUUUCCGGGUGCUCGUUGCUGGCUGCUGGUGCUCUGUUCAUUAUAGAGUUGUAUGGGAAGUAGAAUAAUGAUAUGACAAUCUAUUAAACUCUAUCAAGUUGGUAUUGUGUAUGCCAGAGAUGAGAAUUAGGGCUCUCGUAUGAGGAUGAUCAUUUUUAAUUUCAGUUGGUAUAUUUGUUUUCUAGUUUUAUUAGUUGACUUUUCCUCAGGUGGUCCUUUUUUGAUCAACCAAUUCCUAUUUGUUUGAUCUGUGUGGAGGCCUGUCAGACUUCAAGAAAAUGGUGGAAGUUCAAUCCCAAAGUUUGGAUACAAUCAGCGCUCUUCCUCAAGACACAAUUGAAAAAAUUCUGACUCAUAUGCCAAUCCAAGAUGCAUUGAGGACAAGCAUUUUGUCAAGGAAAUGGAGACACUGCUGGAAGGGAAUGCCUAAACUUGUAUUUGAUGACAAGUACUUGAAUACCUCAUCAUGUAGCAGAGAAAUUAGAAAAUAUAAGUUUGUCACUGCCAUCUUCCAUGUUUUGAUGCUACACAAUGGUCCAAUAUUAGAAUUCAGUAUCUCUAUUAAUCCUGAUACAAAAAUUGUUGAUGAGAUUGACCAGAUAAUACUCUAUCUUUCCCAGAGCAAAAAUAUCAAAAAAUUCACCUUUAAGAUUUGGUCAAAUGACAUCAUGGGGUUAUUCAUUUUUGAGGACUACAAGCUACCCUCUGUGUUCUUUUCAUUGCAAGGACUAGAACACAUACAUCUCACACGUUGUGUCAUUGAGCUUCCAUUAACAUUUAAUGGAUUUAUUAUGUUGAGGAGUCUCAACUUAUGUGAUGUCAACAUCACUGGGAAGACGCUUCAACAAUUACUUACCAAUUGCCCAAUACUUGAGGAAUUUAUACUGAUUGUAUGCCAAGACAUCACUUCUACUCCACGAACCAAGUCUACAUUUCUUGAGCUAUCCAAGUGUCUAUCUUCGGUUCAGGUUCUGAAAAUCGCUAAGUAUUAUAUCAAGUAUGCUGAAGACGACAGUAUGCAGCAGAAACUCCCCACUUUACUAGUCCACUUGAGGAUUCUUUUUCUUGAUGUGUGUUUUCUGAAACAAGAUGAGCUUUCGUAUGCUCUUAGUGUGAUCAGCAGCUCCCCAAAUUUGGAGAAGAUAAAAAUAGAGAUAGAUAUAAAGUAUAAGGUGUGUGGUGAGGAAACUCGCAAUGACUUGCUUGAUCUUCAAGACUAUUCAGGCAUCAAUUUGGAUCAUCUUGAAGAAUUGGAGAUAACAAAUUUUGGUAACUAUGAUCCAGAGAUGGAGUUUCUGAAACUCAUCGUGGCUAAGUCACCUGUGCUUAAGAAAGCACGAAUAAAGCUUAAUUCAGAUGUUUCUAUGGAUAAGGAAAAUAAGAUGCUUCGAGAUUUGCUGCGAUUAACAUUUCCACGUGCAUCACUAGGAGUGGAUAUCAUUGUUGAACGAUAAUCAAUUAUAUGUGGAUGUAAAAUACAUGUUAUGCAUUUAGCCACUUUUUUUUUAAUGAUAUGUAAAUAUGUGUUCUAUGUUAUAAACCCACAUCCAUCGGUCUCCAUUCAAAUGUGGUUGACAAAGUCACCCUAAUACCCGUC